AUUGAAGUUCGGAGCCAGGCGCCUCCUUUUCUGUGGUUUGCCCUGCCCUGUGCCCCUGUGCCCCCCGGUGUUUUUCACAUACGUGCAGUGUGAGUGUGUUAGUGUCUGAGUCUUCGUCCGUGUGCAACAUAAGAACUCGUGACAAUGCAACCUCAAAUAAUUUUGUUGAAAGAGGGGACGGAGAACUCCCAAGGCACAUCACAGUUGCUCUCCAAUAUAACAGCAUGUCAAGCCGUAGUGGAUGCUGUCAGAACCACCUUGGGUCCACGAGGAAUGGACAAACUUGUAGUUGAUCAAGGUGGCAAGGCCACAAUUUCUAAUGAUGGUGCCACUAUUAUGAAUCUUCUGGAAGUUGUCCACCCCGCUGCCAAAACACUUGUUGACAUCGCUAAAUCUCAAGAUGCUGAGGUUGGAGAUGGUACCACCAGUGUGGUUUUAUUGGCUGGUGAAUUUCUGAAACAAGUGAAACCGUUUGUUGAGGAAGGUGUUCACCCUCGCAUUAUUAUUCGUGCCUUCCGUAAAGCAACUCAGCUUGCUGUGGAGAAAAUUAACAGCCUCUCAGUAAAAAUUGAGAAGUCGAACACUGUUGAACACAGAGCUCUUCUUGAGAAGUGUGCUGCAACUUCACUGAGCUCUAAGUUGAUCCAUCAGCAGAAAGCUUUCUUUUCUAAAAUGGUUGUUGAUGCUGUCCUUAUGCUUGAUGAUUUGUUGCCCCUCAAUAUGAUUGGUGUCAAAAAAAUUCAGGGUGGAGCUUUGGAGGACUCCCAGCUGGUCAGUGGUGUGGCUUUCAAAAAGACAUUCUCAUAUGCUGGAUUUGAAAUGCAGCCUAAAAAGUACACCAACCCUAAAAUUGCUCUUCUGAAUGUGGAAUUGGAGCUCAAAGCAGAGCGUGACAAUGCUGAAGUAAGAGUUGAGUCUGUAUCUGAAUACCAGAAGGUUGUUGAUGCUGAGUGGCAAAUUCUUUAUGACAAAUUAGAUAAGAUUGUCAAAAGUGGAGCACAAGUUGUUCUUUCAAAGCUACCAAUUGGUGAUGUUGCCACUCAGUAUUUUGCUGAUAGGGAUAUGUUCUGUGCUGGGCGAGUUCCUGAAGAAGAUUUGAAGAGGACAAUGAAGGCUUGUGGUGGAUCUGUGAUGUCUACUGCUCAUGAUAUCAAUGAGUCAGUUCUUGGUCAGUGCGAAGUGUUUGAAGAAAUCCAAAUUGGAGGGGAGAGGUUUAACAUCUUUAAAGGCUGCAAAAACGCUAAGACUUGUACAAUGCUACUGCGGGGUGGAGCUGAACAGUUUUUAGAAGAAACCGAAAGAUCACUUCAUGACGCUAUCAUGAUUGUCCGCAGGACCAUUAAGAAUGACUCAGUAGUUGCAGGUGGAGGAGCCAUUGAAAUGGAAUUGAGCCGUCAUUUGCGAGAUUACUCAAGAACCAUUGCUGGCAAGGAGCAGCUACUCAUUGGUGCCAUUGCCAAGGCACUAGAAGUUAUUCCCAGGCAGCUUUCUGACAAUGCUGGCUUUGAUGCCACCAAUAUUCUCAACAAACUGAGGCAAAAGCAUGCUCAAGGUCAGUCUUGGUAUGGGGUCGACAUCAUGAAGGAAGACAUCUCUGACAACUUUGAAAGCUGUGUCUGGGAGCCAGCUAUUAUCAAAAUUAAUGCUCUCACAGCUGCAAGUGAAGCUGCAUGCCUAAUUUUAUCUGUAGAUGAAACCAUUAAGAAUCCUAAAUCAGGUGGUCAUGAUGCCCCUCAAAUGCCCCAAAUGGGCAGAGGUAUGGGGCGUCCUAUGUAGUUGCACCCAGCUACAUAUAAUUUAUUUUUGCACAUUACUCCUGCUAAUUACUAUGUGAUCCAAUGAUAGAUUAGGAGAUACAUCCCACUCUAAAUUUUAUUCCCAGUGAAGCUGUUUUUGUAUGCAUCCUAGCAUUUUCAUAUUCCAUCUCCAUUGCUUUUACUGACAAUUUGUUGUUUGUUAUGUAUUCACUAUUAACAAUUAAUUAUUUACACUUUAUGUUCACCAUAGUUGACUUGAUUAAUAACAAGAGCAUUUCAUAGUAUUUUGUAUGUUCAAGAAGUCCAGUAAAUACUUCUGUUAAAAAAUGAAAUAAAAAAUUCACGCUUUUUGCCAUCUUAA